CUAUAACAUAUUUUAAUAAACCUAGUUAAUAAUACAUGUUUAACAAAUAAUAUAAAAAUGGCACAUUUGCAAUAUUUGCCUGGAGAUCCACGUUUAGUUGAUCAAUUAGUAUAUGAACUUAAAUCGAAGGGGAUUUUCGACCAGUUUCGUAAGGAUUGUAUAGCAGAUGUGGACACAAGACCAGCGUAUCAGAAUUUAAGGCAACGGGUAGAGAACUCAGUUACAACGUUCUUAUCUAGACAAUGCUGGCAGCCAGAUCUGAAUAAGAAUCAACUAAGAGAGAAACUUAGAAAGCACAUUUUGGACGGUAAUUAUCUUGAACAAGGAGUUGAACGAAUUGUUGAUCAAGUCGUGAAUCCUAAAGUAGCAUCUGUAUUCAUUCCUCAAGUAGAAGAUCUGGUUUAUAACUAUUUGGGUAUCACAAGAAAAAAAACUAUCAAUAAUGCUGAGACUUCUAAUGAUAAAACAGAACCUCUACUUCCGACUGAUUUAGAAGCAGUGAGUCCUGGUUCGGUUAAAAGUAACGAAGAUAAAAAUGAAGCUAUGGAAGUUGAUACCAAUGUCCCCGUACCAAAUAAUGAUAGUAUGGAGAUUGAUGAUAAAGAUAAACUCAAACCAGAAGUUAAAGAUGAAGAACCAGUCACAACCGAGACAAAUCAAGUUGAUUCAUCAAAGACUGAAGUACAAGAAGAAUCUGGAGUAAGCGAAUUAACUUCGCCCGAAACUAACAGUAUUGAUAAAAGUUCCAUUCCCCUGCCAUCUGAAGAAAUCAAGUUAGAAAAUAUACCACCUCCUGAAAAUAGUCCACCUAAAGAAGUGAUAUUGGAUAAAAUUGAAUUACCCAAAGAUUAUUCUACAGAUAUUCCACUACCAGAUGAGAUACGUAAAGACGAGAAAGAGUAUUUCAAAGCAAUUAACAGCGAAGAUGACGAUACAAGUUCCGAUUCGUCGUUGCGACGUAAUAUGUCGCCCUUAACACCAAUAAGAAACUUCAAUAACGAAAAUUCGUGUGAUGCCCAACAAGGUUUUGAUAAUGAUUCACUUGAUGGUAAAAUAGAUGAUAAAAAAGAGCCGAGUUCGUUCCGAUUCACUAUAGAAGCAACAGAAAACUGUACAGAUUCAGAAAAAGCACCUAAGAAACCAACAGAUCUUAACUUGGCUUAUCAGUUCAAUAAUCAAGUAAACAUCGCCUCAUUUAAUACUCCUAUGUAUGAUGACAGUUCUAAUAGUAAUGUCUUACAUAUUGACUAUGAAAGCGAUGCAAAUAGUAAAGUUAAUUCAGAACAGAAACCUACUGAAACAGAAGUAUCGGAGGAUUUGAAGAAAGGACCAAAAAGUGAAGACAGAAAAAGCAGUCAUAAGAGUUCACAUCGUUCAAGAGAUUCGCAUAAACAUUCCAGCAGCAAAGACAGACGAUCUGACUCAAAGCAUUCAACUUCACGCGAUAGCAGCAGACAUGAAAAGAAAUCAAGAGAAGAUAGCAGCAAAUCAAAAUCCAACUACAAGGAAAGUUCCAGAGAUAAAACUGAUAAGAAAGAGAGUAAAGAAUCAUCUAGAAAUAGUUCCCAUAAAAGUUCUAGCCAUAAAGAUUCCAAAUCAUACAAAAGUUCAAGUUCAAGUCAACGAAAUUCGGGUAAAAGUUCCGAUGAGAAACGAUCUUCGAGUCACAGGGAUAAAUCUGAUAGAAGUUCGGAUAAGUCGUCCAAAGACAAGCCCAGAGAUUCAAAAUCUUCGUCUCGCUCUGAUAAGGAUAGAAAAAGUAGCAGCAAAAGUAAACACGAAGAAAAAGAGAAAGAAAAGAAAGAGAAGAAGGAAUCUGAUGAUCAUUACAGUGUUUCGGGGCGUGGUAAUCCUAAUCGAAGGUCUACGGACAGAGAUUCCAAUGAUGGUAGUUCAUCUUCUAAAGGAUCACAUAAUCCGUCCAGUGCUAAAUCAACUGAAAGUAAAAAGGACGCAAAGAGUGGAAGUUCAAAAUCCGAUAAUAUGUCAACUAGCAGCGGCGAAGGUCGAAGUCCUAACGAUAGAGAGUUAACAUUACAAGAAAAAGAGAAAGAAGUAAUCGAUAUGCUACAACCUAAACCGAUCGUUAGGCUCGAAACACAUUUAGAAACUCCCAUAGCAUCGCCACCUUUGUCUUUAGCUCCCGAAGUACAAAUUAAGAAACCUAAAUUCGCUAAUAACUUAGAAGAGGCUAAAAAACUUAUGAAAAUGCGUAAAUAUUUAGAUGAAGAACAAAAAAGAAUGAAUCAAGAAGCGGCAUUACUUUUGGAAUUUCAAGCGAACGUCAGACCUAGUCUUAGUCAAAUUUAUUCUAGUAUUCCCGGACCAGAACUAGAAUUUGCUUGCGUAACUAAUACUAUUGUUCAUACAGAACAGAUUAUGCUGAAUGAUGUUGGACAUCAAAAUGCAACUUUUAUUACUGAUCAAAACUAUCCGGAAGAUGAAGGUUUCUCAGAUCAUGUCGAAGAUGAUGUACCUUCUACUUUAACAGUCAAAGAAGUGGAAGAAUCUAUAGAAAUUAUAAAUGAAGAGUUAAAUAAUAAAGCAAAAGCUCACGCGAACGAAGAUACUAUAAGUAAAGAAUCCUAUGAAUCUACAACGAACUUAACUGAAUCGGAAUAUUCUGAAAAUGCAUUACAUCCAGAAAAUGUUGAGAAAAAUUACAUUGAUGCAAACACUGAAAAUUCUGAUGAAGGCAAAGAAAAUGUAUCAGUUGUUGAUAGUAAGGAAAAAACAGCUUAUUUCGAAGUAACUGUUAUUGCUGAAGAAGUGACGGAUGAUGAAGUAAAUCAACCGGAAGCAAAAAAAUUGACAGAAAUUAUUGACAAAAAUACGAUUAAAGAAGGAAACGUUCAUUCGGAACAGAGCAAUUUUCAUUAUUUCGCCGAAACUGAGAAAUAUAAUGCGGAAAUAGAAAGAGAUAGGUUCAGUAAAUUCUUAAAAGAUUACACAGCUUCAACAACGAAUAAAAUUUAUUUAAUUAACUGUGAUCCAUACGAAGAGAGUAUAGUCCAAGAAGUGUUAGAAACAUUCGGACAUUACGAAAUAGUUAACUAUCAAAGGAACGGACACUUAAAACUGCCUAAAUCGAAGAAUAUUGUUAAAAAUGUCAAUUUAUCAAAUGAAGUUUCAUUACCUUUAGAUAAAGAAACUGAAUCUGAAACUAAAUCGAUAACAGAAUCAGUAUUCAGUCCUGUCAAAUCGGAAUGUUCCUUUGAAUUGUCAAAUGAUUAUGAUGCUAAAUUAGAAGAGAUGGUGAAUAAGACAUCUCGUCAAGAAAUUAUGGAAAUCAUCCUUGGUAACGUAAUAGCUGAUUCGCCAACGAAAAUGCCUAAAAUAGAUUAUUUAACUGACUCUAAUAUUGAAGAUAGUAGUGAAAAUAAUUUGAAAAGGAAGCAUAAUGAUGUCGAAACAGUGAAUAAUAAUAAAUCUAUAUUGACUCCCAGCAAAAGGAGAAGGUUGAGUACAUCUGAUCAAAUAUCAUCUACUACUGAAGAUGUAGACGAAAGGUCUAAUAAUAAUCUGCCCCAGCCCACUAGGUCUAAGUUCCUAGGCCGGGCAAGAAGAGUAGGUCUACCUAGGCCAAGGAAUAAUCUUCCAAAUAGUCCAUCGAGUGAUAAAUCAGUAGAAAACUACGAACAGAACACUCCGGACACAAACAACGGCAAAGUGAAGACAACACAGCGCAAUAAAGUACAAAGGUACGACACUUCUGAUUUGUACAAACCUAAGUUACAUUACUUAUCUAGACGAAAUAAUAUAAGUUAAAUUCGCAAA